AUUACCAAUUAACAAUCAUGGAAAAUGGGCGACCCACAAAGGCUCUUCUCAAUGCAAUUCGUGGUGGAAAAGCAUCGGAGGUUAAGAAUCUGGUAAGGUCUUCAAAACUCUCUAAAAUUACUGAGUACCCGUUAGUUUAUGAUGCGGUGGAUAGUGGCAGCAUUGAAAUUAUUCAGAUUCUCAUCAACAAAGGUGCUGAUAUUGAGAUAAGUGGCUCUAAAGGGCUGACGCCUCUUCACCUUGCCGUACUGAGGGAUAAUGAGGAACUAGUCAAACUUCUUUUAAGUCUAGGAGCUGAUGUUCACUCGGAAGGCAAAUACGGGAAGCCAUGCAUUCGAACUGCUGUCGAGAAGCAGAACCUUCGAAUCAUCGAACAGCUUUUAUCUCAUGGUGCCAAUGUCAACUAUAGGUAUCCUAAAGGUGGGAGUAUUCUACACAUUGCUGUUGAGGCAGGUCAUGAAGACCUUGCUGACCUAUUACUCAGAUUUGAGGCGGAUGUGGAUGCCUUAAGAAACGAUGGCUCAACCCCUUUACACUUGGCCAUAAAAAAAGGUAAUAUUUCUAUGGUUCGUAAGCUAAUCAAACAUGGAGCAAAUAUCAACAUCUCCCUAACAUCGGUUGGUCAGAGAGGGCGGACUCCUUUGCGUUUAGCGCUUCGCAAAAAGAACUAUGAGCUUGCAAAAUUUCUCCUCAAUCAUGGCGCUAAUCUCAACUUGGAGGAUUAUGAAGGGUCUCCGUUAUUUUCUGCCUGUAAGGAUGCAGAUGUGGAGUCAGUUCAGUUUUUGUUACAAAUGGGUGCCGAUGUGAAUAGAAAAGGGAAGAAUGAUAGCACACCUUUACACAUUGCUCUCAAGCAAGAGCACUUAGACAUAGUCAAGCUUUUGUUGAAACACGAUGCCAAUAUUAAUGCUAGUGAUACUGAAGGCACCCCCUUGCAUUUUGCUUGUAAGGCAGGCAAUACUCACCUAGUAAAGUUCCUGUUAGGUGUGGGUGCAGAUGUGAAUACUACAUGUGAAGGUAGUACUGCUAUUCACCUUGCCUUUGAGCAAGGGCACUUGAAUGUAGUCAGGCUUCUGCUAGAAAAUGGUGCUGACAUCAAUGCUCAUGGCGAAAAUGGCACCCUACUGCAUUCUGCAUGUAUGAUGGGGAGCUUGGAACAUGUGAAGUUUCUGUUAAAAAAAAGCGCUGACAUCAAUGCUCCAGGCAGCGAUGGCACACCUUUGCAUGUAGCAGGGAAACGGGAUCAUCUCCAUGUUGUGAAAUUCUUGUUGAAGAAAAGAGCAAAUAUCAAUGCACUGGAUGAUGACGGAACCCUCUUGCAUUGGGCAUUUAAGGAGAACAAUUUAAAGCUUACAAAAUUGCUUUUGGAGAAUGGUGCUGAUGUGAAUGUCGAGGACAGUGACGGGUGCACCAUACUGCAGUUGGCUGUGGAGAAGCCUAAUGUGGCGAUGGUUGAAAGAAUCUUAAAGCUUUGCCCUGAUGUUAAAAAUGUGAGCAAUUGCAAAUCUUUUUAUUAUGCCUUAAAAGAGUCUGGCCCAGAGUACGUGAAGAUUGUCAAAAUGCUUGUUCAGUAUGGUUUCAGUGUGGAACCAGAGGAUGCUGCCAACCCUGAAUUGCUCCAUCAGGCCAUCAUAAAAGGCUGCUAUGAAAUUGUAGAGGCCUUACUAAAAUUUGGGGCAAAUGUCAAUGAAACAAAGGGCCAAUCCAAGGAAACGCCUCUACAUCUUGCUUCACGACGGAAAUCAGAGAACAUCGUCAAGCUGUUGUUAGAGUAUGGAGCAGAUGUUGAUGCUAAAUGCAACCAGGAAAGGACGCCUAUGUUCGCUGCUGCGAAGAGAGGACUUCACAAGAAUGUUGAGAUGCUGCUCAAAUAUGGUGCCAACAUGGAUUCGAGUGAUUUGGCUGGCAAAACGCCGCUUCACAUAGCUGUUGAUGUAGGUGUCUAUUUCGGUCAAGAUGUCAUUAAACACUUGCUUGAGAACGGUGCUGAUGUUAACCGUAAAUGCAAAGAGGGACGAUCCCCUCUUUUCAGUGCUGCCGACAAUGGACUUCUUCGAGUUGUUGAAGUCCUUCUCAAAUACGGCGCCAGGAUUGACUCAGAGAACCCAUAUCAAACUGCUAUCCAAACUGCUUUCUGGAAUAAAAAUGUACUCAAGUCUCUGCUUGAGUACGACUUCACAAACAGUGAGCUAGUAACACGGCCAGAGGAAGAAGACGACCCCUCAUUCUACGCUGUCCAUGCAGGGCUCACACAUCAAAAGGCUGAGACAGUCGAAAUCCUAGUUCACCACUUUGUCAGAAUGAAGGCAGCUGGGCUCUUUAGCAAUCACCAGAGCCCCAUGCCUACUGCUUACGGUGACGGAAUUGAAGUGAGCGAGUUUCAGGGCAAGUGCGAGGCCGAAAUAGCUCGUGCUAAGACUGAAUGUGUUGGCAAGACCAAUAUCACAUUCUUCAAUAUUUUGACAGAUAAUGUGAAUAAGUUAGCUUGCUAUGCAAGGAAUAAUUGCAUUGCUCAGGUUUUCAGAUCUGAUGAGUACAAGUCUCGCUUUCCCAUGUAUGGAAGUAUCCUCCAUUGUCAGUUCCAGAAAGGGGAGGUUCGCAAAGGACUGUUAGAGCAGGGUGUAAAAUAUUUCCCAGUCUUAUAUCGGGCUUUCUACUGUCUACCUCUUGAUCUUAAAGAAGAGAUCCUAAAGUACUUAACUGAUAGAGAUCUAAGAGUUCUCAUCAGUUUUUCAAAGCGUAUUCAGGAACAACUGCGAAAGAGCUAAUUCCCAAAUAGUCAAACUCUCGGAACUGUAUACAUUUCUAUUUCUCUUGAAUAUCCCUAGUCUGAAGUUGAGUAAUUUAUUUAUGUGCCUACUUUAAUUUUUUAUUUAAUUGUCAAUUCUUUCCUGUAAAUUGCAUUUAGUGAUACACACAACCAAACUCUGGCAAAGCGCAAAAAUUCAGUUAACUUUUUUGUUCGUAUGAGUAUGCUUAAAGCACUCAAUAAUUGGUUAUACCAAUCAUUCAUAAGUGAUAUAAAACUUUAUUUUAUCAAUACUAAUUUAUUCCAAAUUAACCAGCACAAUGCUGAUUAAGUAAUUUGAGUUACUUUUUUUAACUUGACCCAUGCAUUUAUCUUUUGUAGGGGUAACAUUUAUCUUUGUUUUGUCGUGAAAAUUGUUCAAAUUAUUUUCUCCAAGUUAUGAAAUGGAUUGGAAAACUUGGUCUCUAAUUCUUUCUUCAUUGUACUUUUUAGAUCGUUGAUUGAUCUAUAGUCUCAGCUUUUAAAAAGUGACAUGCCUUUCCACAAAAAUCUACAGGCUUCCCUUGGAAUCGUUAGAAACGAUGUGGAAAUCACCUUUUAUCCUCCAGUUUUGAAAAAAAAAUAAACUUUCAUUGCUCAGUUAAAAGACUUACUUAGGUACCCCGCAUGUAUCUUAUUUUUCUCUUUAAGAGUUUUUUGUAUUCUUUUGUGGACAUUUGUCUACUGCUUACUUGCUGUAAUUUUCCCCUUUUUUUGGACAGCAUUCUGCUUUUAAAAGGAGAGAGAAAGUGAUGAUAUCUCAUUUAUCAACAUUUCUCGAGACAAGCUUCAUCUACAAUUUGAAUGAAUGUAUCAUUUUUGGGAUCACCUAAACGAAGUCCCUUUGAAGAGUAAAUGACAUCAACCUUUUACUGCUUUGUCAACUUUUCAGUGAUUUUUAAUUUUUAUAAUAUUUAUUGCCUUAAAGUCAAAAGUAUAUUUUAAUGGACUACUAGACAGGGUACGAAUUCAAACAUUAUAUUUUUUUGUUUUUCAUCAAAUUUUUAAGUAGAACACGAUUUGUACCAAGCAAAUUAUUUGAAAAAGUAACUCCUAACAGAACUGUUAACGUUUUUCGAUGCAUAAUUCAAACUUAUUCAUGCUCAUAUAAAGAACAAAAUCUAGUUGAGUCCUACUUGAGUUAAAUCACACACUAAACAAUACCGUCUUUGCAGUCUAGUCUUUGCAGUAAACCUCAAUAUCGGUGCUUCGGCUCAGCCUCUGCACGUUGUUUACUUGAAACGACUCAGGGUGGGAAAGGGACACUGCUUAUCAAGAAGCCUGUCAAAUCCGUCGUAGCAUGCGCCAUUUGAAGUAGACUUACGUUUUUCAUAAGCAAUGAUGAACCUAAACCUUAAUAUUUUGGUUGGAAGUUGAUUUCAUUAAUUCUCGUUGUGUAAGUUGUGUUACACAUAAAAUUUCAAAGAGGAAACUUAUGAGAAUGCUUAAAUUUGUACCUUGUCCAGUGGUUCAUUACCGUAAUCCAGUUUCUCAAAAAAACUGAAAAUAUAUUUCUAAUUAAGGUAGUUAGUCCAAGCAUUUAAAUGUGACAAAAUUUGGGUCGAUUGUACAUCAUUUAGGUGAAAAAUCUGAGUCAACUGUGAGUUUUACACCAAAAAAGAGUCUUCAGCCCUCGCCCAUGAUUAGGAAGAACCAUUUGCCUGAAAAGCGUUCUAAAAAACGCCAUGAAAAAAAUAUAUUGAUUAGGAAAGUUUGCAUCUCAUAUUGUAUUUGCGUUUGAUACUAUAGUCAUUACUUUAAAGUCAACUUCUAUUUUCAUUCUUUUAAAUCGUUCAUUUUUUAUGUGCAAUAAAUGGUUCUGGAGAGUCACAUAUCGAUGGUGAAACUACCAGACCAUGUAUCUCGGUUUGCAACGUUCCAGACUUCCUGUCAUACUUUAUUUUUUCAACGUAAAACUACUCCACGUCAAUUCUUGAAAACUUCUGUGAUUUUUCUUCUUUCUGCAAAGAAAAUUCUAUAAUAACCUCAAGGAAUGAUAUUGAUUUGUUCUCCUUCAGAGAAAUAAAAUGGGGGCGGAGAUUUUUAAAAACAGUAAACGAGAUGUGUGAUUUGGUAGUUUUACUGUCGAUAUGCAGGUGCUGCAAUCUUUUUUUGGUAGGAAACUCUUUCAAUACUGACAAAUCAAGAAAGAAUUUAUACCUGUUAUUUUUAAAUUCUAGAUAAAGUCAUGCAACUUGUCAGUUCGAUAUGUUUCUAGUCACAUUAUUUUUUGUUUUGUAAUUUUUCCUGUUCAUUUUUCAACAAAUGAAUUAAAUUCAAAGCUACUCCAGUUUUUAACCUAAGUGAUGCGAUACGCCCAAUGGUAAUUCAACUUUAACUGGACUUAAGGAUGAAUUAUCUGAAUAUCAUCUAAAUAAUCCUUUUUUUCUCUUUUUAUUUCUGAUCAGUUUAAAUAAGAUUGAGUUAAACUCAUAUUGUCUCGUAAAAGCUAGUGUUCGGUGAUAGUCUUGUCAAAAUCGAUAUUUUCACUUACUUACAAAGAGCGUCCAGUCAACUGCCAUUAUCAGAUCCAGCAAAGUGGCAUCAUUGUCUUUCCUACUUUUAAACCUAUGGAAAUGUAUCGAUCCUUGGAGGGGCCAGGUGCUCUGACAAGAAUCGAUUAUUUAGCAUAGGUUUUAAUGGAGGAAAUCCGGUGUUGUCAAGUUGCUGGAUCUGCCUCUGUCAACUGCUUGGUUUUUUUUUACGUGGCCUCUAAAAAUUACGGACUCUAAGCACUCAUCAACAAUCUGUCUACUCCAUCACCAUCGUUGGGAAAUAGUGCUGAAAAUGAGCAUUUACCCCCUCUUAGCUUGAUGUAACUUAUCCACAUUUUAUCGCACAACCUGUUAACCUUGCUCAUUACCUGUAUAAUACGUAGCCUUUCUCUAGAGGCCAGUAGUGUUGAUAAGAGCAUUCUCGUUUUUCUAUCUCUGUGAAUACUCUCUCUUUAUUUUUCAUUCUCGAUUUUUUUUUUUUUCAAUUUAUUUUGUCUCUUUCCCUUUCUUCUAUAUUAUUUGACCACAGUCUCUUGUUAAAGUUUUGUUUUAGCCAUUUUGGGCAGAAAAGACACCAAGUGAGCUUACGUUUUGUGUUUAUUGUAUCUUUUAGGUACAGAAGUUUAGGCCUUUGAACUUUAAACGAUUCUCAAAAGAUCGUUUUACUUAACGUCUCUUUUUCUUUAUAUUUUGUCAAAGAUAUUAUCUUUUUUCCUCUCCAUUUUUCUUGGAUUAUUGCUUGUUUUAGAAAAUAGCAAAAAAUAUGUUAGUUUGAAUGCAUUGGAAACUCCACUCUGCAAUUUACAAGCGGUUUUUUUUUACUUUUUGUAGCUUGCCAGUGCUUGUAAAUUUCCAUUCCAGGGAAAAAUUUUCUUUUACUUCGGUUUUUACAAAAACCUUCCAAUGGUAAAACCUCUUCCAAAUACGUACCAAUUUCUUUGAUGUCUUUCCAUUAUUCCAUGUAAAGGGUCUUUUUGCAUGAUCUUCAUAGCCAGUUCAUCCUGUCAACGAUUGUAUAAUUUAUAAAAAAGUUUGUAUUCCUUUUAUCGUUGAAGCCCUACCUUAGUCAAGUUUAUUUUUUCCAUUUUUUCUCCGUUACUGUUUGUACAGUGUACAAUUGAAAUACAUGAAAUGAAACACAAUUAA